AUGGCACCGAAAUUAUCAAAUAUAGUUUCAUUAAAUUUUAAACAAACCGAAAGAAUUGCAUUGACAAAGGUACUUAGAGAGUACGUGCUUAAAGCUUAUGGUGAACAUCCUGAUGCCUAUACCGACGAUUUUCGUGUUCUUGACGAAUUGAGAACAGAUUGUCUGAAUUUGGAAGUACAUCGGAAUGCACUUCAUCGUUUAUUAAAAUAUUAUGGACAACUCGUAUUUAUAGGAUCUAAAUUUCCAAUUGAUGUAGGAAUAGAGUUUCCAUGGAAAUCGUCUUUUUCAAAUGCUGAUGAAAAACCAGUUUCGCAUAGAAAUUUUUAUUAUGAAAAGGCAUGUGUAUUAUUCAAUAUAGCAGCCAUGUACAGUCAACUUGGGAUUUCAGAAAAUAGAUCAUCACCUGAAGGUGUUAAAAGAGCAUGUCAACACUUCCAAAAUGCAGCUGGAUGUUUUCAACAUUUGGAUAAAGUAGUAGUCCCAGAAAUGCGAAUUGCUCCCCCUUUAGAUAUGUCUACUUCAACUUUACGUGUAUUAAUAAAUACUAUGUUGGCACAGGCUCAAGAAUGUUUCUGGCAAAAAGCUAUUUAUGAUAAUAUGAAAGAUGGAGUUAUAGCAAAGUUGGCAAGUCAAGUAUCUCAUUUAUAUGAUAUUGGAUAUGAAACAGCCUCCAACAAUCCUGAAUUGAUUACACAUUUAAACGUGAAAUCUUGGUAUUUUAGAGCAGCUGCAGAAUUUCGUAAAUCCAAUGAAUGUAUUAGCCAAAAUAAGUACGGUGAAGAAAUCGCAAGAUUACAUGUAGCAGACGGAUAUAUUAGACGUUGUUUAGAAAAUAAAAAACUUUUACACGAAUUUGUUAUCACAGAUUUAGAAUCGUUGCUAAAUGUAGUUUCUAAUAACCUUAAACGAGCAGAAAAAGACAAUGACAUAAUUUAUCUACAAACAAUCCCAGCAGCAUCAUCAUUAAGUACAAUAAGUAAAGCAAAUAUGACAGAAAUAAAAAUUCCACCAGAAGUUGAAAACCCAAUUUCUUUGAUGAAUGGGACAUCCGUAUUAGGAUUUCCAUUAUUUGCGAAGCUUGUUCCAUUUGCAGUUCAUCAAGCUCAUAGUGUCUAUUCAGAUCGAAAAGAGAAAUUGGUUAAAGACAUUUUGACGAAAUUGAUUGAUUUGCCUAAUAUUUCUACAAGGUCACUUAAUCUUCCUAAUUCAAUAGAGAAUUUAAAUUCUGAGGGGUCGAACGAAUUGCCACCAUCAUUGAUGUUAAAAGCACAAGAGAUUCGCAACGAAGGUGGUACUGUUAGAUUGAAUGAAUUGCACGAACAAAUAAACAGACUUUCUAGUCGUUGUAAUGAAUUAUUGGAUAAGGCGUUUGCAGUGUUGGAUCAAGAAAUCACAGAAGAUGAGGAUUUACAAUCUAGUUACGCAGGGAAAUGGAAUAGACCAAAAUCUCAAGAAGUCAAUAAAAAUUUGGUAGCAUUAGCACAAGGGCAUCGUAGUACACUUGAGAAAGCACUCAAGAGUGACUUCACUCUUGGAAAAAUGUUAAAUAAAUGGUCAGAGAUUAUAAACAUACUGGCUUCUGAUAAUGAUUAUUUGAUGAGACACAUUCCACCUAAUAAAGUAUCACUCGACGAUGAUGAUGCAACAACAAAUGAAGUAAAAAGAAUAGCUAAUGAGUUACGUGAUUUGAUGAACCAAGUUAAUGAUUUGAAAAAAGAAAUCCAGAAUAAAACACAAGAAGUAAAAAGGAUGGCAGACUUGGAUGACAUUGAAUCAGCAAGAAUAACAUCCACCGGAACCACUAAAGUUGAACCAGCACAUUUUGAAGAUUUAUUUAAUCAGCACUUGGCAAAAUAUGAUAAAUUCUUUAAAUAUAUUCAACAAACAACUAUUGUUCAAGAAAAUUUACAUAAUUCGAUCAAUGAAAAUUUUAAAAAAUUUAAUGAAGCACGUAGAAGAACUAAAUUUGUUAAUACAGAGCGAGAUAGUGUUAUUCAACAACUUGAAAUUGGUUAUGAAAAAUUCAAAGAAAUUCAGAAAUUCUUAUCGCAUGGCAUAAAGUUUUAUGAUGGUAAUAUCAAUAGUUUAAAUAGUUUUUGUGAAGAGUGUCAAAUUUUUGCAAGCAGAAGGAGUUCUGAAGCCGAUCAGAUUAUUCGUGAUUUUAACACUAAGAUCGGUAAUGAUGUUAUUUAUAACAACAUUGAUUUUCAUCAUCACCACCAUAACCCACCACCUAAUGAAAUCAACGACGACAAAAAUACCAAAGAUUAUGAUAACGUUAAAUCGAAAAAUAAUAACUCACAAAAUAAUUCUCAUAAUUCAUCCGAUCCAAUUGAUUCGCCCAAUCCAUCAUCAUCCAAUCAACCACCAACCAGGGAUUUCUUAUUACCACCUUUACCAAAAUUCUACGAUUCGAGUUUUCACGACGAACUAUUAUUUCACAUUAAUAAGAUAGGCGACUACUAUCAAGAUCAAGAUUAUUGUUCUAAGCUCGAUUCGAACUCGGAAAAAUACAAUGAUAAUUUUAAGGCAACCCCGUCAAUAAUCAUAAUAACAAAUAAGCCAUAUAAAAAAAGCAAGAAAAACAAGGCUUCACCAUUUUCAAAAUUAAGAACUGAAAAUUUGAAUAAGCCUUUGCCUCCAAGUUCAAUCAUAACACCAAAUACACAAACUCCAAUAUUAUCAGCACCAAAAAUUAAUUCAAGAAAACAAAAUCGUAAACAAAAUAUUACCGACAAUGACAAUGAACUUCUCAUCAAACAAACCACAACCACUAACGAUGACAAUAACAAUGAUGAUAUGAUUAUGAAAUUUGAUGGUUUCGAAUUCCCAAGACCUCCUCCUCUUUCAAUACCACCACCAAAGAUUACUAUCAAUAAGAAUAUAUAUAAUAAUGAUAACGAUACUGUAAAAAAGAAUAUCAAAAAAAGUUACCGGAAAAAUUUAAUCAAAGAAAUUAACGGUUUACGUAAUAAUAAUGCUGAAUUAAAAUCUGAAAUUGAAAAACUUUUGGAAGAAAAGUCGGAAUUAAAAUCAAAGUUUAAUAAAGUCGAGUGUAUGCUGGAACAAUGCUUGGAUAUUAUUGAAAAAACUAAAACGUCAAACCAAUCAAUCAUUUGA